AUGGCUUCUUGGGUUCAAGAGCUUCAUUUUCCUCACCUGCACAUCCCUAUAACCAUUGAUCGGAGGAUUCAAGUCAUGCCGGCUGCUCGUAUUCCUGUUGGCCCUGGCAGCAGCCUUUACCUGUCAAACCUUGAUGAUAUGAUUGGAGCACGUGUUUUCACACCAACUGUGUUCUUUUACAGAUCAAAAGACUUGAGUUCCGCUAGAGACCCAGUCAUAAAAACAUUGUGUGAUGCACUAGCCAGAGUUUUGGUUCCUUAUUAUCCUUUAUCUGGUAGGCUCAGAGAGGCCAAAAAUGGGAAACUAGAAGUGUUUUUUGGACGAGAACAAGGUGCACUUGUGGUAGAGGCACACUCCAAUAUGGCAUUGGCUGAAUUAGGAGACCUCUCAGUGCCAAACCCAGCUUGGGCGCCAUUGGUCUAUAGGUUCCCCAAUGAAGAGCCAUAUAAGGUUCUUGACAUGCCAUUAGUUAUAGCUCAGGUGACCGUUUUUCGCUGUGGUGGAUUUAGCCUUGGCCUGAGACUUUGCCAUUGCAUCUGUGAUGGCCUUGGUGCUAUGCAGUUUCUUGGUGCAUGGGCUGCCACAGCAAAAGCAGGUGCAUUGGUAACAAAGCCUGAGCCCUGUUGGGACAGGGAAUUUUUCCAACCUCGAGAUCCACCAAUGGUAAAGUAUCUACAUCCUGAAUUUAUGAGAAUAGAUGAAGGUUCAAGCUUAACGAUGAGUCUAUGGAGAGCCAAGCCUGUUCAAAAGUGUUACAGAGUUAGCCCUCAGUUCCAAGCUCAACUAAAAUCUCUAGCUCAGCCUAAUGACAUGCUUGCAUGCUCUACCUUUGAUGCUAUGGCAGCUCAUGUUUGGAGGUCAUGGGUGAAAGCACUUGAUGUAAAACCACUUGACUAUGAACUUAGGCUUACAUUUUCAGUCAAUGCUCGUCCCAAACUGAAAAACCCACCAUUGAAAGAAGGGUUUUACGGUAAUGUAGUUUGUCUGGCAUGUGCAAUGAGCCCUGUAUAUGAUCUUAUCAGGGGCCAUCUCUCGGACACUGCUCGAUUGGUUCGCGAAGCCAGGCUUGGCGUAUCAGAAGAGUAUGUAAGAUCUACAGUUGACUAUGUUGAAGCAGACAGGCCAAGAAGGCUUGAAUUCGGAGGGAAAUUGACCAUAACACAGUGGACUAGAUUUUCCAUUUAUGAAUCUGCUGAUUUUGGGUGGGGAAGGCCAAUUUAUGCUGGUCCAAUAGACCUGACCCCAACACCACAGGUUUGUGUAUUCUUGCCAGAAGGAGGCGCUGAUCCUAGUGGAACUAUGGUGGUCUGUAUCUGCUUGCCUGAGUCUGCCACCAAUAAAUUUACUGAGUUUCUAUGUUUAAAGGAUUUCGUAUGA